CACAAACAGAAACUUGUCACUUCCUUCUUUGUACAGAGCCUGGAACUGAAGUGACGUCCUGGCACCUGGGAACAUCACAGACCCGGAAUGACUGGGGAGAAGCUGCUUUGGUUGGCAAUCCGUGAUCCUGUGUGUGCACUGAGAGGUGCCGGCACUUCCCGUCUGGUCAGUCAAGGCUGGAGGGCUGGGCCUGGAUCUGCUCUGUACCUUUGAGGGCGGUCUGGGCCUCUCCUCCCGCACCCCGAGGAGCCAUGGAGGACAAACGCAACAUCCCCAUCAUCGAGUGGGAGCACCUGGACAAGAGGAAGUUCUACGUGUUCGGGAUCUGCAUGACCAUGAUGAUCCGGGUGAGCGUCUACCCCUUCACGCUCAUCCGGACGCGGCUGCAGGUCCAGAAGGGCAAGAGCCUCUACAACGGGACUUUCGACGCCUUCGUGAAAAUCCUGCGGACAGAAGGGACGGCCGGGCUGUACCGGGGCUUCCUGGUGAACACCUUCACGCUGAUCUCGGGGCAGUGCUACGUCACGACCUACGAGCUCACCCGCAAGUACGUGUCGCGCUACAACAACAACAACGCCGUCAAGUCGCUGGUGGCCGGCGGCUCGGCCUCCCUGGUGGCCCAGAGCAUUACGGUGCCCAUCGACGUCGUCUCCCAGCACCUCAUGAUGCAGAGGAAAGGGGAAAGCAUGGGCAGGUUCAAGGUGCAGAACCACGACGGCAAGCGGCUCCUGGUCUUUGGUCAAACCAAGGACAUCAUUGUACAGAUUUUCAAGGCCGAUGGUUUUAGAGGAUUCUACAGAGGCUACGUGGCCUCGCUGCUCACUUAUAUUCCCAACAGUGCGGUCUGGUGGCCCUUCUACCACUUCUAUGCUGAGCAGCUUUCGAGCUUGACUCCUAAAGACUGUCCCCACCUCCUCCUGCAGGCGAUAUCGGGGCCACUUGCAGCCGCAACAGCUUCCACACUCACCAACCCCAUGGACGUGGUCAGGGCUCGGGUCCAGGUGGAAGGCAAGAGCUCCAUCAUCCUCACCUUCAAGCAGCUGAUUGCAGAGGAGGGUCCCUGGGGGCUGACUAAAGGCCUCUCCGCCCGCAUCAUCUCGGCCACUCCUUCCACCAUCGUCAUCGUGGUGGGGUACGAGACGCUGAAGAAGCUGAGCCUCCGCCCGGAGCUGGUGGACUCGAGGCACUGGUAGAGGCAGCUGGUGGGAGAGAACCUUCCUGUGAACCCCCUGAGCUCGGACUGUCACGGGGGAGAGCCCAGGAGGAGACGCAGCUGCUGUGCCUUUGUCUCUGGCUGGUGUCGCAGCACAAGGCAGACGCAGGAGCAACUGCGCUUCACCUCUUUAGGUUUGAGCGUCACACAAGUCUCUGCUGCUGGUUUUGAUUAAAACCAUCAAACUGUGACCUUUGGCAGCGCUGUUUGCCUGGGACGGUCCAUUCCAGGUGUGUGUGAACACAUCCUGGCAGGUUAUUAAUUCCUUUUUUU